AAAUUCGUGUAUUUUCCUGCUACUAACCGUUGUUUUUUUUAUGUAUAUAUAUUUUAAUUUUUGUAAUUUUUUUUUAUAAAUUAAUUUUUGUAAUGUUAAGAAGAAGCAGCUUUGUCCGCAGGAGUGCCGGUGAGAAACUGAGUGAGGGUCGAAUAUUCCGGCAAGAGUCAUGUCAGUUGAGAUCAAACUCUCUCGAUUCAACCGUAUCUAUCGCCACGAUGAACUCCUUGAAGGAAAGGUAAUCACGACGCUGAAUUCUUCAAUCUCCUACCAAUCCAUUCGCCUAACACUUAAUGGCGCUGUCAAUUUGCAGGUACGUGGCGGAUCAGCUGGAGUUAUUGAGUCCCUGUACGGUGUCAUUAAGCCAAUUCCAAUUGUGAAGAAGGUUGUUGAUAUCCGAUCAUCUGGAAAGAUAGGAUCAGGUACGACUGAGAUACCAUUUUCUGUGAUCUUGAAAGAUCCUAAAGAAAAGAAUCUUGGGAGGUUUUAUGAAACCUUUCAUGGAGGCAAUAUCAGCAUCCAGUAUCUGGUAACUGUUGACAUAGUGAGAGGAUACUUACACAAGCCUUUGUCAGCCACAAUAGAAUACAUUGUUGAGAGUGCUAAAGAUAAUCUUCCGCAGAAACCGAUUUCCCCAGAUAUGGUCAUCUUCUAUAUUACGCAGGAUACACAAAGGCACACAUUACUUCCUGAACUGAAAUCAGGUGGUUUUCGGAUUACUGGAAGAAUAUGCACUCAGUGCUCUUUAUCAGAUCCUAUUGAUGGAGAGCUAACUGUUGAAACUUCUGCUGUUCCUAUUCGAUCCAUUGACAUUCACUUGCUUAGAGUGGAGUCAAUUUUGGUUGGAGAAAAGAUAGCGACUGAGUCAUCUGUGAUACAAGAAACUCAGAUAGCAGACGGGGAUGUUUGUCGUGGCAUGACUUUGCCCAUUUACAUCAUUCUUCCUCGUCUUUUGACAUGUCCGACCACUUUUGCUGGUCCAUUUUCAAUAGAGUUCAAGCUGAGCAUCGUGAUAACUUUCGCAUCAGAUCUAUAUAAGAAGCAUGCAAAAGCUGACCCGAUAUCUUCUAAACCAUGGCUGGCAAUCGAAAGCGUGCCACUGGAAUUGGUUCGCACAGCAUGAGAUUGGUUUAACAAGAUUGGGCGUGUGGAACAUGGCUUCUUCAAAUGUAUUGAGCAACAUAGGAGGUUAAGAGUUGUUAAAGCAUUUGUAUAGAUAUUUGCAUUAGGCUGAUCUUCCAAUAUUGCUCUCAUGUAGAUUUCACGUAUGGGAAACUCGGUUGUCCCCUUUUACGAUGGAUGAUUGAUGUUUGAUGGAAUAUGUGAUUAGUAUUGAGUUUAUAAAAAUGUUAUUUAAAUUAGUACUA